AUGGAACACCUUCUACACACAGCUGGAGCAGGACACGUUGAGUUUGUUGUGAGUUUCCAUCUUCGCUCUGCUGGUGAGAUAUUGACUGAUACAUUCAGCCGCUCGGACCUGGAGGACAUCUUCAAGACCACCAAAGUGGAGGUGUAUGAAUGCGCGUGUCUUCCGAACAAGAUCGUAGAAGAUGAAUCGCUGUUUUGGUUAGUUCCACUGACAUGGCAACGGAACCCCCUUGAGAUGGAUCAAUUAAUGAAGAACUAUUUUGAGGACAAGACUAUCGAGGGUGCGACUUGCGAACACUGCCAGCAAAAGAAAACGGCCAGAACGCGAAUCAACCACCCACCCGAGCUUCUCUUCAUUCAGCUCCAGAGAAGAAUUUACGAUCACCACAUACAGCAGCCCGUCAAAAUCACAACCGGUGUAGCUCUUCAAGAAACCUUGAGCCUCGAUCGCAAUUGGUUUUACUCGCCAGGACCAUCGGAAGAAAGAGUCGCUGUUGAGUACGAGUUGUGCUCGACCAUCUUCCACCUAGGGUCCAGCGCCAACGAAGGCCAUUACAUGGCUGCCGUGAAGAACCAUGGCCGGGGCUGGACACUUACCAAUGAUCACCAGGUAAGGAAAGGGUUUGGCUUUGAUCAGGUUCUCGAGCAGAGCAAACAUGGGGAAGUUUUCAUCCUCGCGUAUCGUCGAAAGCCCAUGAAGCCGGAUUAUUACAUGGAAAUUGACGACAUGCAACUAAAUAAGAACAAAGGGGAGGAAGAGUUCCAGUCCAAACGCAGCAGUAGGAGUGAAUCCCCCACGAGGACGUCACCGGAGGAGCCGAUAUGGUAUCAGGAAACCAAAGAUGGGGAUAGGAUGAGGGUUGAGCGGGAGUCGCUGGGCAGUGAACGAGACACAAUUUCCAUUGGUCACUUUGACCAGAACAAUGAAGCCUGGAUGAAGGAGUACAAGGCGACGGGGAGGCUCCACCGCUCCAAAGCCACGGUCCCUCGGGUCACCAGGUCGACCAGUGUGACGAAAGUGAUCAAGACCAAAGUGGCCGAAGAGAAGGGGCAGGGAGGAAGAGGAGGAAGAGGAGGAAGAGGAGGGAGGGGAGGCAGAGGACGGAGAAGAGGAAGGGGAGGAAGGGAGAAAGUAAGUGAGUGA